CCCCUUGUCCCCGCCGGACCCCGCCUGCCCCGGCGGCGGCGGCGGCGGCGGCGGCGCGGCCAUGAAGCUGAAGCUGAAGAACGUGUUCCUCGCCUACUUCCUGGUGUCGAUCGCCGGCCUCCUCUACGCACUGGUGCAGCUCGGCCAGCCAUGUGACUGCCUCCCUCCCCUGCGGGCAGCAGCGGAGCAGCUUCGGCAGAAGGAUCUGAGGAUCUCCCAGCUGCAAGCCGAUCUCCGUCGCCCACCCCCUGCCCCUGCCCAGCCCCCUGAACCCGAGGCUCUGCCUACUAUCUAUGUUGUUACCCCCACCUAUGCCAGGUUGGUGCAGAAGGCGGAGCUGGUGCGGCUGUCCCAGACCCUGAGCCUGGUGCCCCGGCUGCACUGGCUGCUGGUGGAGGAUGCUGAGGGCCCCACCCCAUUGGUCUCUGGGCUGCUGGCUGCUUCUGGCCUCCUCUUCACACACCUGGCAGUCCUCACCCCCAAGGCCCAGCGGCUCCGGGAGGGCGAGCCAGGCUGGGUUCGGCCCCGAGGUGUAGAGCAACGGAACAGGGCCCUGGACUGGCUCCGGAGCGGAGCGGGUGCUGUUGGGGGAGAGAAGGACCCACCCCCACCAGGUACCCGGGGAGUCGUGUACUUUGCUGACGAUGACAACACCUACAGCCGGGAACUCUUUGAGGAGUCUCCUGAGCCACCUUGUAGAUCCCAAGGACCUGGAGCCGCGGGCUGCCAACUGCUCUCGGGUUCUGGUGUGGCACACGCGGACGGAGAAGCCCAAGAUGAAGCAGGAGGAGCAGCUGCAGCGGCAGGGCCGCGGCUCAGACCUGGCUGUCGAGGUGUGAUGGCGGCCCUACCCUGCCCACCAGCUCACCAGGCACAGAGCUGUGGGACUAGGUCCCUGGCCCGCCCAGGAUGUGGUUUUCCAAGUCCUGACCCCUCAGAGCCAGGAGCGGCCCCUCCGCCCCUUCAGCCCCUCCCCUGGCCUGCCAUGCGGCACUGCUCCCAGGCUAGGGACAAACAGCCCUCCUGUUGAACCAGACUGGCCCUGUCUGGGGCGGAGCAGAAAACAGACAGACUCAGGAGGGAGGGCAGCUGAGUCACUGGGUAACUUAUUGGGGCUGGGCAUGCGCUGGGGGUGCUGGAGGAGCUGGGCUGGACCCUCCCCACCUGAGCAUGCUGACCCUCUCCUCCUACCUCCAGAAUAAACACUCUCAACCUG